UCCACUCGCAUACACUCCAACUACUGGUAGUGUUCACUUGACUCUCCGCUGGCACUCUGUGAAUGACAGAGAGCAGUGCGUAAAGAAACUACAACACCUAGGAAACCAAUAUAAGGCAUAUACUGGGAUGUACGGCACGAAACAAACGAACACUUGUUCGGUCCAGGAUCACUAAAAACAACUGAAGAGUCAAAAAUGAUUCCAAGCUUGGAUGUAGCGCCGCUUUUCCCACUCUGAACAUAUCUCGUUUCGAAGAGGACAUCGUUUUAGAAGGACACUUGAUUUGUUUGUAGAUAACCGUUAUCUACUUCACGCGCAGUGUUAAUACGUCCGAGCGUGCGCGUAGAACGGACACUCCUCACAUGCUGAGCCAUGGAGAAGCCAACUUCAGCAAAACUUCACACCUACCUGUCAAUAUUCACAUUGCUGUGCUGUAUCUCAGGUGACCUGGCCCAAUUUCGGCUGCCUCAAAAAAACGUAGAAGUAAUCCAGGGGAAGAUGGCAGUGCUGCAGGCUUUUUACACUGGUGCUGAGAUUCAGAAAAAUACUGUCGUCUGGAACUACAUGUCCAGCAGCACAGAAAUGAUCAUCUCGUAUGUUGGUGGAGAGUUAAGUCAGAGCAGAGGCCAGUUUGAAGGUCGAGUCGGUUUUACCCAUGCAAUGCCAAACACCAACCUGUCCCUGUUUAUCAACAACACAAAAGAGUCAGACUCAGGAAGGUACAUGUGCCAGGUGAUCAUCCCUGGGGCUGCAGGAUUCACAGAGGAGCUGACCCUCAAUGUGAAGGUCCCUCCCUCUGUGCCAGUGUGUCAACUACAAGGAAAGCCAGUUCUUAAAGGAAACGUCACUCUUGCGUGUUACUCUGAUGCUGGUAAACCAGCCCCCAAAUACAAGUGGACAAGAACCAGCCCCACCUCUGAGGUCUUCUUUUCUCCCUCGCUAAAUGAAACAGCAGGAACUUUGAAACUGAACAAUCUGAGCAGUAACAUAUCAGGAAAAUACGUGUGCACUUCAUCCAACUCUGCAGGAGAAGAGACAUGCUACAUCAACCUAGAGGUUAUUACCUCGACUAAUGCCGGGGUGAUCGCUGGUGCUACGGUGGGUUGUUUUGUGGGUCUUAUCCUGAUUAUUCUUUUUCUUGUCUUCAUGUGGACAAGAAGGAAAGACACAGAAGAAGAUCUGGCCAAUGAAAUCAAGGAGGAUGCCCAGGCCCCCAAACGUGUCUCAUGGGCCAAGAGUGGCACUGGAUCCGACAUCAUUUCUAAAAAUGGCACCCUGUCGUCCAUUCACACCAGCCCGCACCCACGAGACAUCCACAACCAUCACCAUUAUCUUCACACUCACCUGGCUUCAGACACUGCUUCCAUCAUCACUGCUACAGGCAGCACAACUGGUUAUCACUCCCACCCUCCAGCCGAUUCCACCCUGGAACGUACAUUGCCAGGCUACAACACCAACCCCACCCUGCCUCGUGGGCCCUCGGGACCCCCAAGCAGCAAUGGAGGUUCCCUGCACAUUUCCAUGCCCCAGACAGCCUCAGCCCAGCCUCAGAUUCCACGUCCACCCAUACUGCCCACCACGGUAACUGCUGCCAACAUCUCACGCAUGGGAGGGGUACCCAUUAUGGUGCCAGCUCAAAACCAGGCUGGCUCUCUAGUUUAGGUUUUUGCUGAACCUCUGAAGGUAAAGAGAGAGAGGAACCUCAUAUUUUUGGUAUUCGAUUUGUCGGAAUUGGAAGGAUGAAUUUGCAACCAAUAAGCUUAUUGCCUCUGAAUGGAAACAGUGCAGUAUGAUGUAAUUUUCUUUAUUUAAAUUUUUUUAUAUAAAAAAAUUUAAACAAAUAUAUGUAAAGAUGUUGACUUAAUAAUGCUCAUUUUAUUGUUUUAUACAUUCAUUGUCAGAUUUUUUUCAAAAGUAUUCCAGAAAAGCCUCUACUUACCGUAAAGUUGAACCUUGUUAUACAGUGAACGACUACACAUUUAAAAUUAUUCAUAUUUUGUCAUGAAAAGAAUGACUCUGCAUUUAUUAAAUUUUGUUGUUGUUGUUGUUACUGCUUUAUUCUUUGUUAUUUUGCAAAUGAAAGAUGCUAACUUGCCUUGAAGAAAAACGAAAGUUCUAUUCCAUAUUAUUUACUGACAUUCCUAUUGUUUGUCAGUUAGAAGAAUUACAUUUACGUAUAUUUAAAGGGAAUUGUGCGGGCAUCUACUUAAAGAGUGAUGUUAUAUCAUUAUGUUGCUAUACAUUUGCCUUUAAAUGUUUUUGGCCAAAUAUAUUUAGAAACAAAUAUGUGUCGUUAGUUCUUGGAGAUAUAUGGUAGCUCUCUUUUCAAUUUAGAAGUGAUAAAUACAUUUGGAUGUUGCUUAUUUAUAUAGUGAAAAAAGAAAGUUUUUUACUGUGAGGAUAUUUAACAACUUUGUUAGUACUGAUAAUGUAUGUACACAGUGACUAAUUAUACAUUACAUUCCUCUACCUUACAGUAAAUAAGGUAUUUAUUUCUCAUUCUAGGUCAGUGGUUAUCAGUUCAUGACAGCAAAUAUGUUCAUUUUUAUGUGAUAUACAGUAAACAUGACUUUUCUCCAAAUAUGGUAUACUGGACACAAACCAAAGAUUUCCUGUUAUAUUUUUGUUGAUAUGAGACAACUUGUUAGAAUUGCAGAGUUUUCUUUGUUAUAUUUACCAGAUCAACAACACUGAUAACUUGCUGUCGUCACACUUACAGCUGAGAACUGUCUGGCCAAACAAAUUAAUUGUAGCUUAAGAAAUAUGUGACACCGGCAUACCAGCGUAAGGCAUAACGACAUUUUUAGGCUGCAUUUUGAGGACACAAGGGCAAAAGGCCCAUUCUGGAGAUUAAAAAAAAAUGUCGAGACAGACUUCAAAUCCAAUGAAUCACAAUAGCUUAUCUGUAAGUAUGGCAUAAAUCAUAGUCUUAUUGUAUUUGGUUUCUUAAUUUACCAAAUAAUUCAUAAAUGCUGUAUUUCUUUACGGAAAUGCGUGUAUUUACUCCACUGUUUUGAAAGCACAAAAUCUCCAAUUUCAUUAGAAUUUCUUUCUUUUCUUUUUUUUUCGAAGACAGAAUUACUUGUACAUGAUAACAAACAGUAUAUUGACAGUACUGUCAAUCACUUUGCCAUCUGGAAACUGGAUAAAUGCAAACUGCUUUGUAUAUAGGACAUCUACUGUCUAUGGACAUGAUGGAACUUUGUAUUCAUAUUUUUGAAUAAAAGAAACUGGCUGUAAAAAUGCAGUUUCUACAUUUAUUUACUAAUAUAUACACAUAUAUAGUACAUACAUACACUUACCAGCCACUUUAUUAGGUCCACCUGUACAUCUACUUAUUCAUGUGAUUAUCUAAUCAGCCAAUCGUGUGGCAGCAGUGUAAUGUAUAAAAACAUGCAGAUACAGGUCAGGAGUUUCAGUUAAUGUUCACAUCAACCAUCAGAAUGGGGAUAAAAUGUGAUCUCAGUGAUUUCAACCGUGGCAUGAUUGUUGGUGCCAGACGGGCUGGUUUGAGUAUUUCUGUAACUGCUGAUCUCCUGAGAUUUUCACAUAAGAUGUAAUGCCAUCAUGUGCUUGGAAGAUAGCCUACCUUUAACAAUAACUUAAACAGGUAGUUAAAAAGGUUUCAUUUCUGUCAUCAUUACUCAACCUCAUGUUGUUCCCCACAUAAAUUUCUCUCCUCUGUGUAAGACAAAAUAUGUCAGUCACUGUGCACUGUUGAUAAGUCACCAUUCACUUUCAAUGCAGCUUUUUAUUUUUCUCUCUCCAUACAAUGAAAGUGAAUACUGAAACUAACAUUCUGCCUAACAUCUCCAUUUGUGAAGCACAGAAGGACAAAAAUAGUCAUGGGUUUGCAAAAACGUGGAAAUGCUAAGUGAUGUUAGACUUUUCAUUUUGGGUGAACUGUCCCAUUAACAGUCAAUGCUCACAAGUUUAAAGUAGACAAAAUGCACUGAACAUGUUAACAGAUGAAACCUUGUUGCUAAAUCAGUUAUGAUGUUUACUGAAAGAUAGUAACAUGUACAGGUGCAUCUCAAUAAAUUAGAAUGUCGUGGAAAAGU